AUGAAGUUCUCGAUUGCCGCCGUUGUUGGCUUCGUCAGCGCCAUCAGUGCCACCAGCCUGCCUGCUGCGUUCACUCUGGUUGCCGAUGGUGGAAAGACUGUUCUGACUGAUGGCCAGAGCGCCUGGAUCGGUGCAAACACCACUAAUCACGAGAUCCUUAUCCUGCGUUCCGGUGGCGAUACUGGCCUCGUUUCCUUCACAUCCAAGUCUGAGACCCCUACAGGUUUCCAGAACCUUUAUAUCAUUGAGAACUCUGUCUCACCCGUCGGCCUGACCAUUCCUCACUCUGGCGCUGUCCCCGAGGAUGCUAGCACCACCAACUUUGGUGUCAACGACGACGGCUACUUCACCCACAAUGGCAACGCCUACUUUGCUAUUGAUGGCUAUGGAGAGAGUGCUGCCAAGGAGAUCUACUGGUACGGUGCUCACAACUCCGAGUACAUGGCGGUCAACCUUUGGGUCAAGGAAUGCAAGGGCUGCUAA